AUGGCUCUCCAGUCCUCGGAUGCCGACUCUAAGGCCUCUGUAAUGCGGCUGGCGCGGCUACUGGCAGCGUUUUAUCUUGGAUAUCCAUUAUUUAUUCCCAAACCUGGGGCAUCUUAUCCUUCGCUGUUCAUUUGGUCGCAAAUGGAUAAAGAUGAUUGCCCACCUGGAUGCUCACCACUAAGUCGAGAUGAACUCGGACGCGAAUUACCUUCGGAAUAUCUGCCAAGAACCCCUGCCGUACUUCUAGCACACUGUGGCUCGUUCCUAGAAGCUAUUUUAUUCUGUGAUCACUUCAGCGACUUGCGCUCAUCCUUAAUGCUUAGAAUAUUCGUUGAUCAAGUUUGCAGUUUGGAUCUUACAUCAAGUUUUCUGGAAGAUUUGCGGACACAGCAGCUACAGAAGCAAGUUCAGCUGACGGCUGCUGGAGCAAGUGCGCCAUCCGCAGCUAUGGCUCUAGGUCACCGAUAUGUACAGUCGAUGCUAGAACUAGAGAUUCUCUAUGAAACCGAUGAUUUGCACAAGAUGCAGAUGUUUAUUCUAUCCCAGCUGGAAGUAUUGUUUGCUCAACUACCUCUUCAGGUCCAGGACACCUCUGUUUUGCCUCGUCCUCCUGUAUACUGCUAUCAACACAGCGGUGAUGAAUCGCUGGAAUCUCAAAUUCACUCAACGAUGCACUCCUAUCUGCAGGCGUUGUUAAUAUCAAUACAGAAGACCAAUAGAAUGGAUACGGAGAUCAACAGGGUGCACGAGAUGAUUGACAACGGAGCUUCUGCGGAUAACCUACCAGAACUCGCUGAAAAGUAUAACGCGCUCAUUUCUGCCGAAAGUAGCGAAGAAAAUAACAACAUAAAAUCAUGGCUUGCAACUGUCUCUUCGCUUGAUCUCGAGCACAUUAGCAGAUUUUUAGCUUUUAUUAGCGAAAAUUUUCCCUCCAAGAACGAUCUUCCGCCACUUACAUGCCUCACUCGGGAAGUUUGGCGUGAGGGAAUGUUGCCGAAGCAGAGUCGAGCGCCAAAGAGGACAGAUUGGCUGUCUGGAGUCAUAUUAACUGCUCAUAAGGUGCCCCGAAUCGUCUACGACAAGAUGACGUUUGUAGCCACUGAAUGGACUUCUCCCCUCGCUCUCGAUUCCUCUUUGAUUCCGAUGCUUCUGAACCUUUCACCAGUAGAUUUCUGCUCGCCAUCCACAGCCAGUGCAGUCAUUCGGCCGUGUGCCUCAGCCCGUCCUGCUGUAUCUCGGACCUAUCCCGAACAAUCUGACAGAAUAUUCAGUCCGAGGGUGGACGUCAUUGCGAUGUACGCUGAGAAAGGAAGAGAAAUGAUGGCGAAGAGUAAUCGUUACCGAGCUAAGCUCACUGAUGAAAGGAAGAUUCAUGCGAUUCGCUCGAAGUUGAAGAACAAAGUGAGAUCACAGCAAAGUCUGGAGGAGGACAUCAAAGCGGAACAGAGCUUUGUGGAAAGCUUAGGUUCGAGCAAAUCUGCUGAUCUUGCAGGUUUUAGAAGACAGUCUCAGCCCAUACUGCCAUCUCAAACAGAACCGGUAGGCUACUCAACGAAAACUCUUACUAAAGAUUUACGGAUGCUUGGGAAGAAGUUGGACGAGAUCCAGCUAAAGCUCAGCCAACCUGUCGCAAGUUCCGUCGAAGACACCUCAGUCAGUGAUUCACAGCAUACGGAACUCAUACCAGAAGAGGAUAUCGACGGAGAAAGUCGGUCCGAGGAUGACCUGCAACCGCUGCCGUUGAACUACGAAGCGACAGCUCCCGCACAGAACCCAAUGGUUGAAAUGGAACGGCUCGACCUAAGUUUACUAUCGCCCUCCGUGGACGUAGGAAAAAGAAGAACAGCUGAGAAUCCCGAAAUGCCGAUAAAGAAGUCGCUUUCACAACCAGAGUGGAUGAGACUUAUUCCGCUUGAAGGUUCCAGUUCGAGCAGAUUCCCUUUAUUUCACUACAGCCCUCCUCAACCGAGAGAAGUGAAAGAAUCGAAAACAGAAAGAAGCACACAGACAGGCACUUUGCAGCUACCACUGGUUGAAAAAGGUUGCCAGACAAAGGAUGACGAACGGCUACCACCGGACAGUGGAUUUCUUGACACUAUGGAGAGGUCGCCGAGGAAGAAAGUGGAGAUGAUUCAACCAAUGUCCAGGCAGAAUAUUCAAGAAAUGUUGAGUCAAAUGUGA